AGCGAGUCUUCCUUGGCCGCCCCACGUACGCGUCUCUGGUUCACUCCGGCUGACAUGAAGCCGAACCCCCCGCUGCGCGAGUACCAGCGGAGGUGCGUGGAGGCCGCCAAAGGGGAGAAUCUGCUGGUGGUGUUGCCCACCAACAGCGGCAAGACGCGCAUCGCCUCGGAGCUGUUGGACUACUACCUCGCGCAGAGAAGUACUGAAGGAGAAGCCGACAGGAGAAAGUGGUGUGUGCUCCUGACGCCUACUGGGCUGCUGGCAGAACAGCAGGGCGCGGUGCUCGCGGCGAGCUGCGGCCUGGACAUGGCUUCAGAGGAGGACGUGGAUGAGGACUCGGAAGAUGCGCGGCUGGGCGUGGUGCGCGGCUCGCAAGGAGGACCUGCGGGGCCCACGCGCCUGAACGCACGGAAUGCCUGGCGGAGGUGUUCUGUCCUUGUCAUGACCCCAGCGCUGCUGGUGGAGUCCCUGGUACAUGCACGGGUUUCGAUGACCGAGAUCCAGCUCCUCGUUUUGGACGAGGCGCACCAGCUGAAGGGCGCGGCGGAGUACGCCAUCCUCAUGAAGCGGUUCUACAGCGUGGUUUCGCCUGAGUCGCGGCCAAGGGUGCUGGCGCUCACGGCCUCGCCCCUCUCCGGGCGCCGGAAAGGGGCCAAGACUUGGGAGCCCGCCGGCGUCCAGGACAUGCGCCAGGAGCUGGAGGACUUGGAGAACAAGGCGGACUGCCGCACCUGGACGGAGCUGGGGCUGACGGAGGCGGCCAUGGCAGCGACCCUGGUGGAAGAGAGGCUCUUCGAUUCUGAUCCCGAGCCGCACGUGGAGGAGCUGGUGAAGAUGCUGGAGUCGGCGCUGGCAUCGGAAGCAGCGGACGUGAGGAAGCAUCAGUUGCAGUGGAACAGAGCUUUGAGGAGCAUGCAGGUGCUGGCGCGGGACCUGGGCGCCUGGGCGGCGCUGCGCGGCUUGGAGGCGCUCUGCCGAAGCGCGGAAGCGGAAGCGGAGCCCGAGGAGCAGACGGCGGGUGGACCCGGCGAUGGGUUGUCCAGGCUCUUGGAGGAGGACAGCCAAGACAGCGAGGACGACAUCUUUACGGAGAAGGUCGCCUUCCCGCGCGCCGGCAUAGAUGGCAAGGAGGAGAUCGAGGCGAAGCAGCGCUUGAAGCAAAGGCUGCAGCGGUGGGAGGCCGAGCACGCGCCGGUGGGCCACUCGGCCAAGGUGCAUGCGGCCAUCGCCAAGCUGAAGGAGCGGUUUCAGGUGGAGACGGAUGCAAGAUGCUUGGUCUUCACCAGGACACGUGUGGGGUGCCAGCUGCUGGCGUGCAUCUUGCAGGAGGAGGGCACGUUGCCGUCGGUGGACUUUGUGGUUGGCGCGAACGUGCAGAGCGGCGGCUACCGCGUUCGGCAGAGUCAGAAUGUGCAGAAGACGGCCCUGCGGCGGUUCGGCGCCCAGGACGCGGUCGCGGUGUCGGUGCUGGUGGCCACCUCGGUGCUGGCGGAGGGCAUCGACGUGCCCAGCUGCGGACUGGUGCUCUGCUUUGAUCCGGCCUCGAGCCCUCUGCAGCAUUUGCAGCUGCGAGGACGGGCGCGGCUGGCGGGCAGCGAGUUCACGGUGCUGGUGCCGAGAGGGGCGGUGGCCUCCGCAGGACCAUCUCUGAAAGACCUUCAGGAGUAUGAGGACAUGGUCCUGGACACGUUGAGAACUUGGCCCAUCCGCCGGCAAAGAGAUCUGCCAACUGCGGCGGAUGGGGAGAGCUUCGUGGUUUCUUCCACCGGCGCCAGGAUGCCUAUCGAGCGCGCCAAGGCGCACUUGCACACCACGGUGUACGGCAUCCUCAUUAUGGCGGCCAAUGGCAGCGACAGGGAGUUGCUGGACUUCUGCAAGCCCAGCUUCCGAGACAACACGAAGAAGAAGAAGUACGGCUACUCCAUGUUCGAGGUGCGGGAGGCGCCCGGCGGCUUCCUUUGCGAGCUCGAGCUGCCCACUGUGGGCUGCUGCAGCUUGGGCCUGGAGGAGCAGCUGGCCAGGGCCUCGGAGCUGCGGCGCAGCUGGUGGGGCAAGGCGGCCAGCCCCCGCUGCCAGGAGCACCUGGGGGUUGUGGAGGGCCCCGUCAUGCCCAGGAAGGACAUGGCCAAGGACUUUGCGGCGCUGUGGGCCUGCGAAGCGCUGCAUGACAUGGGGAUCCUGGACGACCACCUGAAGGUCACAGGCCGUCAGGAGUACCGGGGCCUCAUCGAUGCGGCUUCCGGCCGGCGCACCUCCAAACGGCGGAAGGGCCGCUCCGACGACGAGAUCGCGCUGCACAAGAUGGAGGACCUGGUGAGGCGUCUGCCCCGGUGCCUCGCGGCCCCGACUGCCGGGCCCGGAGGGUCUGGAGGGCCCGGAGUCCGGUUCUGGGUGCACCGGCUGGUGCUGGGCGACAGGAGGUCUUUGGGGCUGCUGUUGCCGGAGGAGGUGCCCGGGAGCGCCUUGAGCUUCCUCCUUCUGCCCCCUGGACUCGCGGAGCCGGUAGAGGUGAAGGUGGCGAGCGCGGGCGCGCUGGAGGCCUCGGAGGCGCAGCUCGGCGACCUCAAGGCUUGGAGCCAGAUGUGCCUGGAGCUCUCGCGAUGCGAGAGGAGCUGCCCUCUCCACGAGCUCUUGGAUCAGCCGGCGCUCAUGUACUUCAAGGACCACUUCGGCCUGUGGAUCCCCAGAGAGGAUGUUGAGGUGUGCCGGGACCAGGACCUCCCGGAGCGCUCCUUCUGGCUGCUGGCGCCCUUGGAGGCCAGCGGCCAGGUCGCCUGGAGCUUCCUUGCCUGGAGCGUCAAGCAGCUGCGGCAAUUCCUGCAGUCUUCGAAGUGGCAGUCGCUGGGGUCCUACCUGGCGACGGAGCCUGAGAGUCGGCCAGUCGAGCUGCCGGAGCUGGUGGCGCUCGGCUCCCUGCCGGACUCCAAGCAUCGCAGGGCCGCGCGCUGCUUGUGCGUACACCUCGAGCUUGAGGGACCGCAGCUCCAGGGCCGGAAGUUCAGCCGCGCCUUGGUGAAUGCCGGCAUCGCGCCGGAGUUUGUGAAGAUCGAGCGGAAUUUGAAGGAUGAGCACCUGCUGGUAGAGUUGCAGGCGGAGAGCUGCGAGGUGAUGCCGCUGGCGCGGAGCCACCUGGAGCUGCUGCGGCUGCUGCCCAGUCUGCUGUGGCGGCUGGAGUUUGUCGCCCUGAUGCAGGAGCUGCCGCCGCAGUGCGGGGGCUUGCUGUCGCAGGCGACGCCCGCGGCGCUGGGGGAGGCUCUGACGCACUCUCAGGUCCACUCGUUGGCCUUCGGCGGGGAGGGGAAAGCGCGCUUCUGCCUGGAGCGCCUCGAGCUGCUCGGGGACGCGGUCUUGAAACUCUUGGCGACCAUGUACGCCGGCUACAUGCUGCCCCAAGCUGCAGAGGGCCAGCUCUCCCAAGCGGCCACGGGGUGCGAGACCAACAAGUGGCUGCGCAAGGUCAGCAAAGAGACGGUGGGCUUUCACUCCUACCUGCUGAUGCAGCCCUUUAGGCCAACGGAGCGGCUGGCGCGGCUCCGCAAGCACCGGGGCCCGCAAAAGGUGGUGGCGGACGCCGUGGAGGCCGCCCUCGGCGCGGCCUUUCGCUCGGCGGGCGAGGCGCCCGGCGGCGCCGGCGCCGGCGCUGCCGGCCCGCUGGACCGCGGCGCCGCCGCGGCCUGGAGCAUCUUCGCGGUGGCCCUGGGCAAAGCGCCGCCGCCCUUGGCAGUGAGCCUCGGCCAGGCAGUGCCGGAGGUUUCAGACUUCAAGGAGGCCGCCGCGGCCGCUCUCUCAGCCUCCUCCUCGGCGGCGAGCCCAGAGUUGGAGGCCGCCGCGGAAGUUCUGAAGGCCUACGGUUACGCCUUCCGCCAGCCGCAGCUCCUAGGCGCCCUGCGGGCGCGGGCCGACGGCUCGCGCUCCAGGCGCUUCGAGCGCUGGGAGUUUCUGGGGGACGCGGUGCUGCAGGUCUUGAUCGCGCACCAUGUGGCCAGAGAGUAUCCCGACUUUGACGAAGGCGAGCUGUCGGAAACCCAGCAGGCCUACGUUUGCAAUCGCUACAUCUCCCGGCGCCUGGUGCGGAGGUUCGGGCAGGCGGGCCUCGCCGCCGUCUUCUUCCCCGCGGCCUCCAAGGCGCUGAGGCGCUAUGCCGCGGAGGUGGCCCAGAGCCAGGAGGAGACGGACUUCAUCGUGGGCGACAAGGGCGCUGACCUGGCGGCGGCCGCGACGUCGGUUUGCUUCAAGAGGAUCCUGGACUUCAUUCAGAACCAGGUGCCUCACACCUUCCCGAGCCACUUCAAGUGUGUGGCGGACGCCUACGAGGCGCUCGUGGCUGCAGUGCUGCUGGACACAGGCGGCAGUCUGGACGAGACCUGGCGGGUCUUCCAGGGCGACUUCACGGCCUCCCGGCGCCGGGUAGAGGAGCAGAUCAGUCUCUGGCGACAGAGCGUACGGGAGUCGGACAAGCAGGAGCUGGUUCUGAGCGGCGCGCUUCUUCCACAGAGAAAGACGGGAGGGCAGGCGCAGGCGCCGCCGGGCGGAGCCGUGGCUUCCGUCGGGGGGCCGGGAGAGCCGCGGAAGGAGCUGGUGCAGUACUGCCUCAGGACGAAGGUGAAGAUGCGCUUUGAGGGGCAGGCCGACGGUUGCAAGUGGGCCGCCGUGGUGGACGGCCGGCGCUUUCCGGAGGCUGCUGCGGCCUCGAUGGCCGAAGCGCAGGACCUUGCGGCCACGCUGGCGCUGAGGGAGCUUCUAGGCUCUCAGCCUGCGCAGGAGAUGCCGGUGCAGGUGCCCGAACGGCCCAAGGGAGUCGCCCGGAAGGAGCUCCAGAAGCUUUGCAACCAGCGAAGGCUGAAGUUCCGCUUCUGCGACAAGGAGGUCGGGGAGAAUAACGCGGCCGUGUAUGUUAUGAGUGUUGCCAUUGGAGAUGAAUCCUACCCGGAGGGAGCCGCGGGCACGAAGCAGGCCGCUCAGGACAAGGCCGCGGAGCUCGCGUUGCUUCAGCUCCGAGGACCUCUGGAGACAGAGGGCCUGGAGGCAAGGCUCGCGGCAGAUGCGCCGGAAGGUGGCCACCCUGCAGCAUUGCCAGUACCAGCGCCAGAAGCAGCAACAGCCGCAGCAACGCAGGCCACAGAGGCGACCUUGCGAGCAACAGAGGCAGAUUCUGAAGCGGCCACGGUGGCGCCAGCGCCUCCUGCCUUGAUGGAACCUUCAGUCAUGGCGCCGGCACCAAGGCCAGCUCCUCCCGCAGCACCGGCACCAUCGCUGGCGCCAGCGCCGUCGCUGGCGCCAGCGCCAUUGCUGGCGUCCCUGGCACCAGCGGCGUUUAAGGGCUCUGGCGACACUUUCGGCGCGUCGGAUGCUGUUGGCGCAGCUUCGGGGGCCGGGGGCGGCGGCACAGGCAAGGGCGGCGGCGGCGGUGCUGGCGGCAGAGCGAGCGCCGGCCCCAGGCCCAAGGGGGUCGACCGCCAGGAGCUGCAGAUGUAUUGCCAGAGGCAAGGCUUCACUCUCUCCUUCCACGAUGAGGUUGCCUUGCCCGGUGACAUCUGGGCAUCGCCUUGGCUGAGACCGGUUUCAUGGGGCUUCCGCGCGUUAGGGCAGAGGUUCUUCUUGAAGACCUGGUCUGCGGUCAUCCAGGGUGUCAGAUACCCCGAGGCUUGGACGCGGGUGUAUCGGGAGCGUGCGAGAAAUCAGUUGAUGCUGCUGCUGCUGCUGCUGCUGCUGCUGCUGCUGCUGCUGCUGCUGCUGUCGUCGUUGCCGUUGUUGGUGGCGGUGCUCGGCCGCCGGGAGAAGCCCAUCAAGUGGCCCAAGGGCACGCGUGGCGCCCAGGCUGUGGGCGGUGGAGGUGCGAUAGCGGCUUUGCACAUCGCGAGGUCGGACAAGAUCUCCAAGAAGUUCGCUUGGCUCAAAGGCACCGAGUGGAACUGGAACAGCUGGCGGAACGUCAAGUUCGAGAAGGAUGGCAACUUCGACGCCCCAACCACUGACUGCCAGCGCGGGCAGUGCAAGUGGUCAGCGAGCAGGGGCAAGGUCUUUGUGCUUUGGGGCCAAGCGGGGCUUCACGAGCUGGAGAUCGUCGGUGAAAUGCCCACCGAGCAGAACCCCCAGAAGAUGAAGGGCCUCAUCAUGAGGGGAAUUCGUGCCUCGGAUGGCGACAAAUGCUCCGCGAGCUUUCAAAGAGUAUUUGAUCACGAGGCUGCGGAGCUGGACAAGGACCUAUACGAGAUCCUGGGUCUGCAGGACGACGCAGAGGAGGGGGAGAUCAAGAAGGUCUACCGCAAGCUCUCCAUCAAGUACCAUCCGGACAAGAACCCGGAUGAGGAGUCCAAGAGGAAAUUCGCGGAAGUUCGGGACGCCUACGAGAUCCUGAAUGAUCCAGAGAAGAAGAUCCUCUACGACACCGGAGGAAUGGAGGCCGUGAAGAAGGCCGACAAGGGGGAGAUCGAGAAAGGCGAGGACGCCCGUGCCAACCUAGCCGUGAGCCUAGAGGAUCUCUACAACGGCGGCAGCCGCCGGGCGGAGAUCCAGCGGCGGGUGGUCUGUCGAGGCUGCCGGGCGAGGCCGGACUCACCAAAGUGUCAGGGAUGCGGGCGGUGUCCCAACGAAGUGAGGAUGGUGAACCGCCAGGUGGGCCCCGGCAUGUUCAUGCAGCAGCAGGAGGAAGUGCCUAGUAAGGAGAAGUGCAAGCAAGAGAAGGCCGUGAUCGAUGCUCAGAUCGAGAAGGGCAUGCGCGACGGUGAGAGCCUCACCUUCCCCCGCAUGACCGACCAGAGGCCUGGCAUGAUCCCUGGCUCCAUGAUCUUGACUCUGAAGGUUGCGAAGCACGCAGAGCUCGAGAGGAGAGGGGAUGACCUCCACAUGAAUGCCAAGGUGAGUCUCCGGGAAGCCCUGCUGGGGUGGAGGAAAACCGUCAGGCAUCUGGAUGGUCACACCAUUGAGAUAGGCACCGACAGCGUGACCAAGCCCUUCCAAGUCCUGCAGGUCAAGGGGGAAGGCAUGCCUUUGCGCGACGAUCCGGCGAGCUUCGGGAACCUCUACAUCAAGGUUGAAGUGGUCUUCCCGCAGAGUCUCACCGGAGCGCAGCAGGAGCAAAUCGCCAAGAUUUUUGCGUGA